AGAGGUCAGCUUCAGUGGAACGGUGAAGUUGGAGACCAGGUCAGCCUCGAGCUGCUCACUCCCUCUUCUUGUCAAAGGGUUAGUUUAGCUGGGAAUGGACCCUCACUGGGACAGAGGCCACCGAGGUCCUCGGGCAGAAGCAUCCAGCGUGCGUGUGACUGAUCUGAGCUGGCAUGGCCUCCAGAACCCCAGGCCCCUGAUCAAGGAUGAUGGCGGUGCUGAGGUGCUGUUGGAGGAGUACCUGUCCCCCUCCAAGCUGCAGGCUCUAGCUCAGGUGGAGGACCUACGGCAAGUGACCAUGCUUGAGAUGUGUGUGGACACUCGGGAGAACAGCUUGGGGAACUUUGGUGCCCAUCUGCCCAAUCUGAGCCAACUGAAACUGAACAACAGCCUGCUGGCCUCCAUCAGGGACCUGGGCACCUCCCUGUCUCACCUUCAGAUUCUGUGGAUGGUUUGCUGUGGGCUGGCAGACUUGGAUGGAAUCAGCUCCCUUUACUCUCUGAAGGAGCUCUACAUGUCCUACAACAACAUUUCUGACCUGAGCCAAAUCUGUCUGCUGGAUCAGCUCGAGGUUCUGGACCUGGAGGGCAACAACAUUGAGAAUAUUGAGCAGGUUCGGUACCUGGGUCUCUGCAAGAAACUCAACAUGCUCACUCUGGAGGGGAAUUUGAUCUGCCUGAGGCCAGACCCAGAAGCAGCUGAGUCUCCAGACUAUAACUACAGGGCCGAGGUGAAAAAGCUCAUUCCCCACCUCCAGUUCUUGGAUGAUGUGCCUGCCAGCCAGACUUCCCUCCAGGCCACCCAGAAGCUCAACAAAGACUGGCUUAUUGUCAAGGAGUCCAUCAAGGAGGCCAACAUGGAUGGCUCACGGUUUAAUUCUCAUGCAGGCCUACCGAGGCAGAGGCUCAGCCCCAAUCUGAGGCUGUCCACAAGCCCCUUGUCACCAGCACCACGGCCAUGGCCUCUCCCUGUGGGCCGGCUGCCCUGGACAAUGCCCCUGUCAUCUCCUGGGACUCCCCUUCCGGAAGGCUUCCUCCCCAAGGACCUGGUUCCUGACACCAACGAUUCCAGUGACCUGACCCAUGGUAUCGGCCAGGUCCUCUGUGGAAACCCCAUCAAAGGCCUUCAGGAGCGCCGACAGAGGCUGCAUGACCACAGUGGACUCAUGGCUUCCCAGCUUCCAACCCUGGAGUCUCUCAGGUCACUUCCUCAGGGACCAGAAGAGGCCUUGGGUGGGGAAGAGGAUGGCUUGGGCUGGCCGAGAGACCUCUGGGCAGAGUUCAAGGCUUGGAAAGAGAAGCAGCAGCAACGGAGGCUGAACAUGCUGGUUGUGGGGAGAAGCUCCCAGCUUUCGCAGGUGUGUUCCCAGGAGGAAGAGGAGGAAGACUCACUGAAUGACAGAGAGGAAGAGGAGAAGGCCAAGGGCCCUCUUGGGUCUUGCCCAGGCUCUCCCAGCCCUGCCCCAGAUCCUUUCAAAGUCAUGAGCAGUGGAGGAUGGACAGCUGGGCCCAGCUACCCCCUAAUCCCUUCUUCCCUCAAGCGCCCAUCCCCUCCUCUGCUGCCUAGCCCCAGUGGGCACUCCAGGUCAGAGCUAAGGGGCAGGCGCCUGAGCCCGAACCUCACAGUCAGCCCAUUGUCCAGCUCGGAGGCAGGGGCCCACUUAGGGGAGAGGCCAGCCACGCUGACUCCCUUCAGGUGUCUCUCGGCCCUGAGAAGCCCAGGAUCCCAGAGCCAGCCAGAGCAUCGAGGAGUCAGGCCAGCUGUGGGAUCUGGACCCACUGAGCCCAAGUACAGCCCAACGGGCCUCAGACCUGCAGCCAGGGUCCUAUCACCUGCAUCUUUUGUCUCCUACACACCCUCUCCACUGGAGCCAGCCUUCUCCCUCCUCAGACAUCAGGCAGAGAAAAGUGCACCCAAGGGACCAGGCUGUAGGCAACCCAUUAUCCGCUCUCCAGCCAAGGUCCCAGAGAAGAUGCUCCUGCCAGCUCCUGCCCAGCCACUCACCAGCAGCACCAACACCCUACACAGGCUGCCCUGCCGGCCCAGUCUGGGACCCACCACAACUCCACCCCCAACACCCCCAACACAUCCCCAGAGGAACUCCAACUCUUAACACUAUGGUGGCAGCUGCUUGGACAGGCAGAUGUGGCCGCCAAGGCUCCUGGAACCAGAUCCAAGACCUGGGGCUGACCCCAAGGAGGCAGAGCCCAGAGAAGACCUCUUUGACUACUUGUCCAGAAAGACCCUGGAGUCCCGUUAGUGACUCUGCGGAAAGGGUGGCAGGGAUGAGAACCGGCUAAUGCUCCAGCCAGAGGCCAAUACCCCAGCCAGGAGCCACCCCUACUGCAAGCUAUGAGUCCUAGUAGAGAAGGGGCUGGGCCAGGGAAGGAAGGCAAGAUGCUUGGCUCUGGGGGAUCCAAACUUUUGACUGAAGUCACGUAGCGUGGGGGCCUUGGCCUAGCGGAGUGAUCCUGACAGAUCAGAUACUGAGGCAGGCCUCCCUCUUUCUCAAUCACACUCUCGGUUGGACAGAAAUGUAAUGGGGUUUAUUUUCAGUUAAUACUGGUUAAUAGAUGAA